GGUUUGAAGAGCAUAGAUAUAAUGCCUUCGGUGCCCUCUAAGCUACUCGUUCUCCUCCUCCUCUCCUUGAUUCCUUCGUUGACUCCUUAUCAUUCUGGUUUGAGUUCGCAUCGUCUGAAACCUCUUGAAAAGUGUGAUUGGCGUGCUCGGUUUAACCUUCACGAAAAAGAACAGUUUGUGAAAUCAAAAUCUCCGGAAACACAAUCUCUGACUCAAUCGUUGCUUCUUUUUGCUAUCGGCGGUGCUCGAUUUUCAACCCACCGAGGUACUACUACUGUGACUAUCUCCUGCUAUAUUUUGGAUAUGAGCUCUGUUUGUGAUAAGCUCGAUUUCAAAGAUGCAGACUUUGAGAUCUCGACUUCGAGUCCCACACAAUGUUCUAGUGGCUCGAAGCAUUCCUCGCAUGCCGGAUCUGAAGAUUCUCAGGAGUCUGAUGGAGAUGAAACUGGUUAUAUAGACCAAACUGCUAAUGAAGAUUCCGCUGAGAAGGAUUUUGGCAAAUCCACCCUAAGUUCUUUACCUCCCCAACCUUCAGAUGAUGAAGAGAAGGAAGAGAACGUCACGAAUACACCGGUUGUUCUCAUCCCGGCCAUAAAAGGCAGUCGGGAGAAGCAUGGCUUGUCACUGAGGAAGUCGAGUGUUUCAUGGGCGGAUGACGUGUACGAUCCUCCUCCCUCCAUAGCCUCGCACACAAGAAGCAAAAAGCAGCAGCAGAAAUCCAAGAGCAAAGACAACCACAAGAAGACUGGAAAGAAAGGACAGAAGAGCAAAGACAACUCUUCCUCUCGUAGUGGCAAGGACAAGAAGCAAGCUUCUCGCAAACACAGUCGCGAGAAGUUCGAUUGGUUUCACACGAAACUCUGUCUCUCGGCCAUAGUCUCAGUCUCAGGAGGUAUACUCGGCGUUGAUCUUGACAUAGUCAUAGCUAAGAUCGCAACCCCAAGCCUUUCCUGUGGCUGCACCUUCACCUGUUCGCCAGACAAAACUGCUCUC